AUGCGUUAAUGAGAGUGAAAUUAAGUUGUAACCCAGAUUGAGCAUCUCUUUUCAUCGGGUAUAUAAUGCGUCCUGUGCAUUAUACAAAUCGAGUUUACCGUUGAAAGCCGACCAACAGCAACGUAUCUGCCAUUUUUCCUGAAGUAAAACAAUUUCCCAAGAAUGAAUCGUUCCAGAAAUAUGUUUCGUAAUAGCAGCAGAAAACACAGAGGUGUCAUGGAACCAAUGACAAGAAUGACAAUGGAUUUCCAAGGAAAAUACUUGGAUUCUUCCGGAAGACUUGUCGAGCCUAGGUGUAAUGAUUACUACGGUAGAAACUCCAACUACAGGUCGAUGCACAACACUGGCUUUUAUGACAAUGAUAAAUUCCAAAAGCAUGGUCGCUUUAUGCAAUUCCCUGAAAGACAUAUGGACAUGUCUGGGUACCAGAUGGACAUGCGUGGCCGUUAUAUGGACAAGUACGGUCGUCACUGCAAUCCCUAUAGCAGACGUCAUAUGAAUUAUCCAAGCAACAACUAUGAAAACUACCAUAUGUACAACCCUGAGAAAUUAAUGGACAUGUCCAACUUCCAAAUGGAUAUGCAUGGACGCUGGAUGGAUUCAAAUGGUCGUUAUUCAAGCCCUUUCAGCAACUAUGGUAGCAGACACCAUCAGAAUUACCCUCAUGUUAACUAUAGCUGGGGUCAAAGAGGCGUUAACUACCCAGAUAGGUUCUUCGACAUGAGCAACUAUCAGAUGGAUCUUGAUGGAAAAUGGAUGGAUACCUACGGUCGCCAUUGCCACCCAUUCUAUGAUAAUAGCAAUUAUUAUGGUAAACAAUACAGUUAUAACAUGUACCCUCACUACAACUACAAUUGGGGUCAAAAAUAUUACCACUACCCAGAAAGAUACUUCGAUAUGAGCAACUACCAGAUGGAUUUUGAUGGUCGCUGGAUGGAUAUGUUCGGCCGUAAUCAGUCGCCUUUCAAUGGUUAUAACAACAACAACCAAGGAAGACAGCAUCAUGGCCAACCUCAAAACAGUUUCAGUUACGGUCAAAGAUACCAAGAUAGGAACUUCGAUAUUGGCAAUUAUCAGAUGGAUUUUGACGGUCGCUGGAUGGAUAUGUAUGGUCGUUAUUCUAAUCCUUUCUAUGGCUAUAAUAACUUUCAUGGCAGAUAUCAGCACAGCCUCCCUCAUCAUUUCAAUUGGGGUCAAAGAUAUAUCCAGCACCCAGAGAGGCUCUUCGAUAUGGGUAACUACCAGAUGGAUUUCGAUGGUCAUUGGAUGGAUAUGGAUGAUCGUCAGUGUCAGCCUUUCUCCGGUAACUACAAUCACUCUAAUAGAUACCAACAAAACAGCAAUCCCUCUCAAAGCCAUAAUUUCAACUGGGGUCAGAGAUAUCAAGACUACCCUGAAAGGUUCUUUGAUAUGUCCGGUUAUCAGAUGGAUUUUGAUGGUCGUUGGAUGGAUUCGAAUAAUUAUAGCAGCGAUAACUUCUGGUAAUAAUAAAUCAGCGUACAGGAAAUCCUAUAAGAACGAAUAUUUAUUUCUUAUACCAAAAUUUGAAAUGAAACGUAAUUAUUUCCUUCUUCAGUGCUUCAACAAAUAUUAUCAAUCUAUUAUAUAACUGAAAUAAAUAAAUCUAAUUAUUGAAUAUUUCGAA